AUGAAUGCAACGCCUACCCAAGCGGCCCUGCAGCGCAUGCAGCAGGAGUACCAGCAGCAGCAGCAGCAACUGAUGCUUCUGCAUCAGCAGCAGGAGGGGCGACAGCUGCAGCAGCUGCAACUCCAGCAGCUGCAGCAAGCGACGCGGGUAGCCCCCUCUUCGGGUGUUUCCUGGCCAGCAAGUGGCCCAGGCCUGCUGCAGCAGCAGCAGCAGCAGCAGCAACAGAGCACCGCAACAGGCAUAGCUGCGCUCUUAUUGAGACACGCGCGCGCCGCUAUAGAACGGUGUAGCAGCAGCAGCAGCCGCGCAGACAAAGCAGCAGCCCUGGAGGAUAGGAACGCAGCAGAAGCUCCAGCAGCAGCAGCAGGAACAGCAGCAGCAACGGCUGCAGCAGCUGGUGUGGAUUUCUUGUCAAUGGCAGCCUACAGCGACGCGCCGAUGCCUCCGUUUGUGAUUUUCCAGGUGUAUGUGCAGCUGCAGCAGCAGCGACAGCAGCAGCAGCUGCGCCGGGAAUGGACUGCAGCAGAAGACCAGCUGCUGCUGGCAGCUGCUGCUGCAGUGCAGGGCACCCCCAGAGGCAGCAGCAGGUGGAUGCGGGUUGCUGCAAAAGUUCCAGGGCGAACAAACAAUCAGUGUAGGGCCCGCUACAACUACCUGCAAGUGGAAACCAAAAGACACGGGAUGUUCAGCCCUUUUGAAGACUUGCAGCUGCAGCUGCUGGUCUCUGGCUACGGCCGCGCCAGCUGGAAUAGAGCAGCAACUCAUUUGCGGGGCCGCACGGAGAUGAAGUGCAGAGAGAGGUACCAGCACUGCUUAGCACCUUCCAAAAAGCCACUCCAAUGGACUGCGGCAGAGGGCGCUUUGCUGCGAGCAGCAGCAGCUUGUUUUGGCCCGAACUGGAGCCGUGCUGCAGAGUUCUUUUCUGGCAGGACUCCUGCGGACUGCGCCGCCCAAUUUCAGUCCAUGGAAGCUGAUGCAGCUGCGACGAGAAACGCGCUGCUGCUGUUUGCCUCCUGGAGCAGCAGCACCAACGGAAGCAGCAGCUGCAUGAACAACGGCAGCAGCAGCAGCAGCGUGGAGGCCUGGCUGAAAGCGCACCUGCUGCAACUUUACGCAGCACUCCGUGCUGGCCUCUUCGCGCGAUCCUGGCCUCCUGUGUCGCCGGAAGUACCUCUGCAGCAACGGCUGCAGCAGCUGCAGCAGCUGCAGCAGCAGCCGGCACUCCAGCUGCUCGAUUUGGCCCCUAUUCUGUCCCCUCUUUCGGGGCCCCGUAGAGCGGCUUGCACAGCAAACAUGGCACUCUUCUCUCUUCAUCUGGAAGAGCUGCAGCGAACAGCUGCUGGGGUCCGUGCCGCCACAAGUGGUGCUGCUGCUGGCAGUUUGCUGCAUUCCAGUGACACUGAGACCGCAUGCGUUUUUUUGCUGCAGCAGCUCCAGCGGGUCUUCUGCAUAUCUCGCCUAGAUUACAUCUCUUAUGCGUCGCACAUAAACGCCCUCAGAGAGCUGCAAGGCUCUCCCCACGGGAAAAAGGGUUCAGCCCAGGGGGGCCCCACUACUCAGGAGGGCCCCCCUCUCGAGGCCCUCCAGCCGGGUCCGCAGCCCUCCUGGGGAGAGCCCGGUGACCCUGUGCCUUCCCUUUCUCGUCUUUUGCUGCUGUACAGACACCCGGAAGCAGGGGGAGCCGCGCUGCAGCUUCCCUGGCUGCACACGGAAGCCCGGAAGGGGGGGCCCCUCUGCUUCCCUGACACUGACGGGGGGCCACGGGGCCCCACUAGGGGCCCUGUUGCUGCACCGCGGCUGCAGCUGCAGCACAGGGGCUCUCUGGGGCGGCAGCGAACUCAGCUGCCGGCCCCCUUUUUGAGUGCUGCAUUCCGCAGCAGCGUUGCUGCUGCUGCACUUCUGCGGCAGGCCUCGACCACACAAACUCCGGAAGCUCCAGCGUAUGCUGCAGCAGCAGUAGCAGCAGAGGAAGCAGCUGCGGCUCUUGCGCCAGUUCUUUGGGGGAAGGCAGCAAAUGCCCUUCCGUCAUCAGCAGCAGCAGCCGCUUCUGCCACUGCAGCAGCAGCUGCUGCUCCAGGAGGAUGCACUGGAGAAUCUCCCGAGGGGGUCCCUGGAAGCAAUGCUGCUGCUGCAGUGUCUGCUGCAGCAGAUGAGAGUCUGCAAGAUGGCUUCGCUGAGCAGCCUGUGGAAGUUUCAAGUCGGGGCCGGCCCCGCCGGGGCCGCGGGAGGCCCCCCAGACGCAGGGGCCCCACAAGGGCUCUUAAGAACGGGGCGGCUCCUGCUGCAGCAGCUGCAGCAGCUGCAGCAUCUGCAGCAUCUGCAGAGGAGGAGGGGGCCCGCGAGAGCGACAGCAGCGAGGACUGGGCCUCGACCACACAAACUCCGGAAGCUCCAGCGUAUGCUGCAGCAGCAGUAGCAGCAGAGGAAGCAGCUGCGGCUCUUGCGCCAGUUCUUUGGGGGAAGGCAGCAAAUGCCCUUCCGUCAUCAGCAGCAGCAGCCGCUUCUGCCACUGCAGCAGCAGCUGCUGCUCCAGGAGGAUGCACUGGAGAAUCUCCCGAGGGGGUCCCUGGAAGCAAUGCUGCUGCUGCAGUGUCUGCUGCAGCAGAUGAGAGUCUGCAAGAUGGCUUCGCUGAGCAGCCUGUGGAAGUUUCAAGUCGGGGCCGGCCCCGCCGGGGCCGCGGGAGGCCCCCCAGACGCAGGGGCCCCACAAGGGCUCUUAAGAACGGGGCGGCUCCUGCUGCAGCAGCUGCAGCAGCUGCAGCAGCAGCCGGCACUCCAGCUGCUCGAUUUGGCCCCUAUUCUGUCCCCUCUUUCGGGGCCCCUCAUCUGGAAGAGCUGCAGCGAACAGCUGCUGGGGUCCGUGCCGCCACAAGUGGUGCUGCUGCUGGCAGUUUGCUGCAUUCCAGUGACACUGAGACCGCAUGCGUUUUUUUGCUGCAGCAGCUCCAGCGGGUCUUCUGCAUAUCUCGCCUAGAUUACAUCUCUUAUGCGUCGCACAUAAACGCCCUCAGAGAGCUGCAAGGCUCUCCCCACGGGAAAAAGGGUUCAGCCCAGGGGGGCCCCACUACUCAGGAGGGCCCCCCUCUCGAGGCCCUCCAGCCGGGUCCGCAGCCCUCCUGGGGAGAGCCCGGUGACCCUGUGCCUUCCCUUUCUCGUCUUUUGCUGCUGUACAGACACCCGGAAGCAGGGGGAGCCGCGCUGCAGCUUCCCUGGCUGCACACGGAAGCCCGGAAGGGGGGGCCCCUCUGCUUCCCUGACACUGACGGGGGGCCACGGGGCCCCACUAGGGGCCCUGUUGCUGCACCGCGGCUGCAGCUGCAGCACAGGGGCUCUCUGGGGCGGCAGCGAACUCAGCUGCCGGCCCCCUUUUUGAGUGCUGCAUUCCGCAGCAGCGUUGCUGCUGCUGCACUUCUGCGGCAGGCCUCGACCACACAAACUCCGGAAGCUCCAGCGUAUGCUGCAGCAGCAGUAGCAGCAGAGGAAGCAGCUGCGGCUCUUGCGCCAGUUCUUUGGGGGAAGGCAGCAAAUGCCCUUCCGUCAUCAGCAGCAGCAGCCGCUUCUGCCACUGCAGCAGCAGCUGCUGCUCCAGGAGGAUGCACUGGAGAAUCUCCCGAGGGGGUCCCUGGAAGCAAUGCUGCUGCUGCAGUGUCUGCUGCAGCAGAUGAGAGUCUGCAAGAUGGCUUCGCUGAGCAGCCUGUGGAAGUUUCAAGUCGGGGCCGGCCCCGCCGGGGCCGCGGGAGGCCCCCCAGACGCAGGGGCCCCACAAGGGCUCUUAAGAACGGGGCGGCUCCUGCUGCAGCAGCUGCAGCAGCUGCAGCAUCUGCAGCAUCUGCAGAGGAGGAGGGGGCCCGCGAGAGCGACAGCAGCGAGGACUGGGUACUGCCCAAACGCCAGAAAAAGAAACGCAAGGCAGAGGCCCCCAGAAAAAGCCCCGGCCCUCAGGGGCCCCGAAGGGGCCCCGGAAGGCCCCGUAAGCAAGGGGGCCCCCCACAGCAGCAAGCGGCAUCCCAGCAGCUCAACACUGGUGCAGCAGGGGAAUCCGCAGCUGCACAAACAGCAGCAGCAGCAGAAGCGAGGGAGCCCGCUGCUGCUCACUCCCGAACUGCAGCUGCCUCCACCGACAGUGGUGCUGCAGCCCCCACAAGUGCUGAGUGUGCUUCCCGAGGAGCAGCAGCGGCAGCAUCAGCUGCAUUGGCAGCAGCAGAGUCAGCGGGCUCAGCAGCAUGCACAGACUCAGCAGGUGAUGCACAUGCGGCUGCUGCUGCUGCAGGCACGCUGAUGGACGUGGAACUAUCGGCAGCAGCAGCUCCAGCAGGAGCAGCAGCAGCAGACAGCCAGUCAGCAGCAGAGACAGUAGUUCACGGCGAGGCUGAUGCUUUCCUAGAUUUGUUUGGGGAGGAAGCUGCAGGUACACAAGGUCUGAAUUCGCGGUGA